CUCUCUCUCUCUCUCUCUGCCUGCGGCCGCAGCCACACCGCACACCUACCGACUGGGCUGCUGCUGAACAGACCACUGACUUCACCCAAUUCAGCCUUUACUUAGAGCGCUCGGUCUGGUCCCACCCAUAUGUGAACAGCUUUUGUCACAAGUGAAAAAAAAAGAAGUCUUUUUCAGUUUUUUCUUUUCCUCCCCCAUCCCUCCCCUCCUCCCUCCCUCCUCCUCAGCAUCAAGUGCAGCCUGAGCAGAGCGUCCCGGCUGCGACUUUCUCUCAGCCUCUUUGAAGUAAUGAGGAGAAGGGAUCCGUCGCCCCGCUGAUACCAGGACGGCUGGGAUGCACUAACACCCGUUUGUUUUCUGCUGGGAUCAUAUUUGUAUAUAUCUAAGGGAAACAAACAAUACAUUGCGGAUUUGGCAAAUCCAUCAAUCGGAUGCAAGCAGAGCCAGGCCCAGCUUAACAAUGGGCCCCAUACCGCUGUGUGUCCUGCUCCCGGUGUUGGUACUGGCUGUGGUGGUGGCUGUAACUGCUGAGGAGAACGCAAUUGAUGAUGAGUAUACCUGGCCACAGUGGAAGGUACCUCUGGUAAGGAAAAGACGUACUGUGCAUCUCAGCAGCCCCAACUUCUCAGCCCAUCCACAACCAGAGCUGAGUGGGACCUGUGGGAUCGAGUGUCAGCGUCGCCUCCCUACACCUUCUCUGGAUGACCUGGAGCAGUUCCUUUCCUACGAGACGGUCUAUGAGAAUGGUACACGCACGUAUACCUCAGUUUCUGUGCAAGGUCUUAAUGAGGUGACAGUCUGGACCAGUAAUGCCUCAUCUAGCUCCCGCCACAAACGGGAAGUGUACGGCACAGACACCCGCUUCACCAUCGCUGAUAAGCAGUUCUCUACCAAAUAUCCCUUCUCAACCACUGUAAAGAUCUCCACAGGAUGUUCUGGGGUUCUGGUGUCACCUAAACAUGUGUUGACGGCUGCCCACUGCAUCCAUGAUGGCAAGGAUUAUCUAGACGGAGCACAGAAGCUACGUGUUGGCAUCCUGAAGGAGAAGUCCAGACGAGGGAAAGGAGGCAAAGGGAGAGGAGGGCGAGGAAAGGGCAAAAGGAGAAAGGGAGACAAAGGUAAAGAGGAAGUCGAGGAAAAGGAAGAGAAUGAUGGGAAAGGGGACCGUAAAGGUAAAGGGAAAGGUAGGAAGAGCCGGAAUCGGCGAAGUGCGGAAUCAGAGAAACCUUCAUUCAGGUGGACCAGGGUCAAAAAGACCCAGAUUCCUAAGGGUUGGUUCAAAGGUGUGUCUGACGGACUGGCUGCAGAUUAUGACUAUGCUGUUCUGGAGUUGAAGAAAGCCCCAAAAGUCAAGCACAUGGAUCUGGGUGUUAUCCCCUCCGUGAAGAAACUCCCCGCUGGGAGGAUCCACUUCUCUGGCUUUGAUGAUGACCGGCCUGGAAACCUGGUAUACCGGUUCUGCUCUGUGUCUGAGGAAUCCAAUGAUUUACUUUAUCAGUUCUGCGAUGCCAAACCCGGCUCCAGUGGCUCUGGGGUCUACAUCCGCCUCAAAGAGCCUGGCAAGAAGAAGUGGAAGAGGAAGAUCAUUGGGGUUUUCUCUGGUCACCAGUGGGUGGAUGUAAAUGGGGAUGGGAUGCAACAGGAUUACAAUGUGGCAGUGAGGAUAACACCCCUCAAAUACGCUCAGAUCUGCUACUGGGUCCACGGGGACUCAAGUGAGUGCAAGGUAGCCUAAGAAAACACAGGAUCCACGUUUAACCACCACCCCCCUCCUAUCCCUCAGAAAACCUCUAUACAAGGGACACCUUACCUAUUCUCACCCCCUAACCUCCUAUUACCAACCAGGGGCCCGUCGACUGCCUCUCCUCUUCCUGCCUUCCUGUUACCUCCUGUGUGUCCCAGCAACUCUUCCACUGAUCUAUACCCCCCCCCACACACACACACACACACACACACACACACACACACACACACACACAGCCAUGCAGACUCAAUGUUGACAACAGGAACUUGUCAAUGCAUCAAGAGAACUGUGGCUCUUCAGCUUUUCUAAUUUAUUAGUUAAAAAAACAACUGAGAAAAAAAUAUGUAUUUUACGUAUUUACAGAUCAGUCAGAUCUGCAGUUUUGCUUUCUAUUUUGACUCUUUAAAAAAAAAAGAAAAAGAAAAAAAGAUUUGACCUUUUUGGAUACAAUAUUGGAAAGCAUGUAUAUUCAAAUGUUUGUGAGCAAUGCCCCAAUACAUUCGUCAUAUAUUCCAACUAGGCUUUAUAUGGAGAGACUUGCAUUGUCAAGUGUUUUCCACCACUGUAAAGAAGAUCACGUGUAUUGGCUUUGACAAAAGACCCAGGAAAAAAAAAAAUUGUUUUACAAAUGAACUAUAUAGAGAUAUUGAGAUUACUGUUUUUUAAAACACUUUAAUGUAAUGAGCUGGUGUUUUGCAUUGUGUAUAUCUAGAAGUUUGAGUUUGUUUUUUACAACUAUCUUUUUAAAUAAGACUAUUUUUCUGUCAAAAUAGAGAAAGGAUCCUUAUGGAUCCUGGAUAGAAGAUUUUUCUGAUUUGUGCGUCUCACCAUCUUUUCUCUGUUCUUGCAACACAGUGAAAUGUGGCUUCAUUGUUGUGCACAUAAUUAUAUCGGUGCUUAUCCAGAAGACGUGGUGCUAAUUUAUGGAAUUGUAAACAAUUUUUUUUGAUUGGGGUUGGGCGGGGGUAGGGGUGGGGGGGUGGCUUCUCAGAAUAUAUUUUGAUAGCCUAGUACUGUAACUAUGUAUUUAAUGUGAGGCGACAUAUUUGGUUUGUGUUAAGAUGGGACUGAACCAUUUAAUAAUUUACUUGAGCUGUUUAGAUUUCUGUAAUUCUAAGGGUUAAAUAUGAUUACAAAAGUAAUAUUGUUAACAAAUUUAAAUCGGGAAUGUGAUAUUUUUGACUUUUCAUGUAGCUUAUGUUCCAAAAAUUCAUACGACUAUCCUUUUGAAUACCAAAUACCUGAAAUUGAUCUGAAAUUAAUGAUGCAGAUUGAAGACUACCAACCAUUAAACCAAGAUUACUUCUUG